AUGGGGGAUGAAAACCAAACUGGACCAAUACAGUUCCACUUCCGUCCCUUCUCAAACCUUCCUGAAGUCCAGCAGUUGAUUUUCAUACCCUUCCUACUCCUGUACCUGCUCAGCCUCUCUGGAAAUUCUGCUGUUGCUCUUGUUGUAUGGACCAACCACUCCCUCCACACCCCCAUGUACUUCUUCCUAGCCAUCCUGGCAGCACUAGAGAUCUGCUACUCCUCUGUCAUUGCACCACUGACCCUGGCCAGCCUCCUGUCUGGAAAGAAGGCCACCAUCUCCCUUGCUGGCUGUGGUACCCAGAUGUUCUUCUUCAUCUUUCUGGGUGGGGCUGACUGCAUGCUCCUGGCUGUCAUGGCGUUCGAUCGGUAUGUGGCCAUCUGCCACCCACUGCGCUAUCCCCUCAUAAUGAGCUGGAAGGUCUGUGUGCGCUUUGCAGCUGGGUCAUUGGUUCUGGGCUUCCUCUUUGCUCUGCAAGUUACUAUUUUGCUCUUCUACCACCCAUUUUGCGGUAACAAUGAAAUCGACCACUUCUACUGUGAUGCAAUGCCCAUGCUACUACUGGUGUGUGACAACACUAAGAGCCUUGAGGUUAUCAUUUUUUUUGCAAACAUCAUAACUCUGACUGUCCCCUUCCUGAUGAUCUGUGUCUCCUACCUACUUAUUGUGUCUGCCAUUUUGCGGAUCCGCUCUGCAGCCAGCCGUCACCGUGCUUUCUCCACCUGUUCCUCCCACCUGAUAGUUGUCCUUCUACAAUAUGGCUGCACCAUUUUCAUUUACUCUCACACCAGUUCCACCUACUCCCCACAACAAGGCCGGGUGCUGUCUGUGUUCUACACCUUUUUGAAUCCUGCACUAAACCCCCUGAUCUACAGCAUGAGGAAUAAGGAGCUGAAGGAUGCUCUGAGCAGAGUGCUGGGGAAGAAAGUGAUUUCCCAGAGGAAGUGAUAGGUUUUUCAACACUGAUCCAAGGAAAAAUGAAUGUU